CGUCAUCUUCAGCUCCUCUCUCGCCUUCACGAAAUGGCACGAUUCCACUUGUCCCCACUCAAUCAACGAUCCUACCUGGCUGCCUCCAGUUUCGACACCAGGAACCUGCACAACCCCUUCCAGGACCCCUCAUUCUCACCCGAACCCGAAUAUGGAUCCUCCGUUCCCGUGGCGUCCGAUACAAUUGCAUCUGCACCCACAUCUUCAACAACAAGGACUGCAAACGAGUAUUCACAGAUCUUGUCCAAGGACGACAGAAGCGAUGCCUUAAAAGGCGACCCUAGACCCACAGACUCAAUGUCAUAUCAUAAGGACAGCAAUGCAACCAAUACAACCGAACCUCAGAAUUCCAUACAAGAGCAAGAUCUGGAGCAAGAGCAGGACCAGGACCAGGACCAGGACCAGGACCAGGAGAACCCGUUGACAUAUCUGACCCAAACCCAGAGAGCGGCUGCCCUGGAAAAUCUCGAGAUCGAGAUGAUGGAUAGAGCGCAAACCCUGAGGGCUUCCGUGGCCGUGCUCAUCAACUCACUGAGGUUCAGGAGUGAAGCAGAGCUAAAUCGUCUCCCCGCAGCUGUACGAACCAUGACCGUGGAGGAAUUUUGGUUUUCGUAUGAGGGCAGUGCCAAGGAAUACCUGGAGAGACAGGCAACCAAGAAAUCGGCUGCCAACACCGCAUUCCUGCACGAUAUAGAGGUAAGCAAAAAAUUACAGUGUCGUUGUUCCACAAACGAAUGUCGCUCUUGCCACUUUCUCCAUAGCUUCCAUUACAUAUAUUGAACAGUUUUUUGACAUGAACGCGACCUUUUGUCGCUACUUUGCAGAGAAGCAGCAGGAGUUCUGCUCGGUACAAGCCCUUCCCAGUCGCUUCGCACAGUCAGAGACAACAUCGGCCAAAGCCAUUUGUAGACAUCCGACUUGGCCAGAGUAUCAAGAAGGAAUAAAGUCAAUCUUGUACAUCACCACAUCAAG